CCUCCGGACGAUAAACUACAUCUCACAUUCACUGUUGGAGGAAGCUGCUUCGCAAGUUUCUACCUGCCCACAAUCCAACUGCCAACAUGAACAAAGAAGGUUGCAUUUAAUUGGACUGGGUCUGGGAAUAAAAGCAUGAUUUCAGAUUACUCCAAAGAGCUUUCCCUUGUGAAGGCCUUCUGCCACACGCGUAACAGUUGACCCGUCCUCAUUGUGAGCUUACAUGUAAGGACUGUUACCUCAGUACACAUCUGCUGGCUGUCCUAUUGAUUUGUCUUUUUACUUGCAUGAGCAGAUAUUCAAGAUAUUUCACAAUCGUGGCUGACCCUGUUCGCAGCAGUAGACCGAUAUCAAUAAUUCUCAGGCUGCUUCUAAGCUACAGUGUUAUGCUGCUUAGAGUACUGCAGGGAAGACGUCCCGAUCCCAAUGUCCCCCCUAAACCCCCGAACCCUGAACCCUCAGGGACUGAGCUGAGGUCACCUGCUAAACGGCUUGACAUGUAAAUGGAACAGCACUUGAAAAAUAUGAUUUUCAUUUGAGGACGCAGAGGACGGGGACGUGGUGGAGGUGGAGCGGAUGCUGAGGCUGGCAGAGCAGUGUCUGGAGCGAUCCAAGGCCUUUGUGGGGAGGAGAGGCGAGCCCCCCGACCUCCCCGCCGCCUCCCGUUCACGUUCACCUGGCCAAUCGCAGCGGAGCCCCCCGCGACCGGCCGCCGUUGCGGCAAACGCCGCCCCUCUGUUUGAUUCUCCCGGUGAAGCGGCCGGUCACCGCGGGGUGCCGUCGGAUGGCGAUGGGGACGUCUCCCCCUUCCUGCCCCCUGAAGUCUUCCAGAGACUACAAACCGUGGAGUCACGGGACGCGAGCAAAAAACAGCUGACCCCCAUUGAAGAAGCAUCACGUUUGAAUCAGAAGUUGAAAGCCAACUAUGAAGCUCGUCUGGCGAGGCUCACACCUGGUCAGGCCUACCAGAAGACGUCUUUGACGCUGUCGCUCCAGCGACAGAUGAUGGAGAACCUGAUCAUAGCCAAAGCCAGACAGGAUGCUCUCCAGCGGAAGAUGGAGGAGAGAAGACUGAGGCUACAGGAGGAGGCCAACAGGAGAUUCGCAGCAUCUGGCGCGAUGACCACGGAGGAGCAGGAGCAGCGUAUUCUCUACACCAACGUCCUGGAAUAUGAGCAAGACCACGAUUGGCCCAAAUUGUGGAAAGCCAACAUGAGGAAGAAUCCUGGGGAUGAGGCGUUGGUUUCAGGUCUCGUCUCCUACCUGCUCAGCCGGUCGGACCACCCGGUGGUGAAGCUGCUGAGGAAACACCAGUACCGGGUGUACAACCGGCUCUACCCCAUCGUCAGUAAAGGCCUCCCCCACAGCGCUGCCCUGCCGCUGAGGCCUUCCUGCAGCACCCACAGCCUGCAUCACGCUGAAACCCAGAAGAGGCCGAGCAGGGGCAGCAGCAUCGGGGGCUACAGCUUCAGCGCGGGCUUGUCCCCCUCCCGCUCCCGCUCUCACCACCUGCAUUCAGACUACGGCGACGAGGAGGGCGACGAGGAGCCUCACGAGCAGGCGAGCGUGGAUCGGGAGAACUCGUUCGAGGAUCUGGAGCAGUUCCUGACCCAGCUGGACUGGGCGCCGCUCCAUGGCAGCACGGACGACCCCGGUUCUGACUCAGAGCUGACCUUCGACCCCUCAAUGCAGCGAGAGCAGGAAGAAGGCACCGUGCAGGAGCUGGAGAUGAGGGCGCUGACGGAACACCUGAAGGCCGUGGUCAAAGACAUUCACAUUGCAAUUGAUCAGCUUCUGUCACUGUGUUUGCUGUCCUUUGAGUGUCUAAACACAGCCAGCUCCAAAGACCUGUGCCUCGCCAGCAUCGAGGAAGCCUUCUUCACGCCGUUGUGGAGCGCCCUGGUGGUUCUGUUCAGGAGGGUCCACAGGGAGCGGGAGCAGGCCUUCGAGGCGAGCAUGAAGCGGUACCGGGAUGCCUCGCCGGCGGACGUCGGCGUCCCGUUGAAACUGUUCCCCGGUGACCCCGACGCACUGCAGGGUUCCUACCCCUACGAGUCCGCCGUUCAGGAGCUCAAGCUUCUCGUCAAAGACUGCUGUCCGCAGAGGAAGCUGGAGUGCAUCGUUCGGACAUUGCGGCUGAUCUGUGCCUGCGCGGAGGAUUACAGGUGCCUACACGAGGUGGACUCGCCCCAAAAAAUAGCCGCCAUCGGGGCCGACGACCUGCUGCCCAUCCUGUCUUUCGUGGCUUUGCGGUGCCAGUGUCCUCAGCUGGUGUCUGAAUGCGCCGCUCUGGAGGAGUUCAUUCACGAAGGCUAUUUGAUCGGAGAGGAAGGCUACUGUCUGACCUCCCUGCAGAGUGCCUUGGCCUACAUCGAGUCGUUGUGCACCGGAGGAGCUCCUCAUCCUGCGGACAACCCCUUCUGAGAAAAGGCGGCUCAUCCCGACUCCCCCCCCCCAAACCCUGCAGGCUGUGCGGGCGCGCGUCACCUGACCAGAGGGCCUCCUGGUGCUGUGCUCUUCUCACACUGCGAGGCCUUUUUGGGAGCCGGGUAGCACUGCACUGUUGCACGUCGCUCCCGGGAUCCGACCCGGGAACCUCAGCGCUCGUCUUGCUCUUCUCCCCCGACGGGAAGAAGCCACACGAGCUGACGCCCCUUAUCGCUCUUCUUUUUUUUUUCUCAGUGUUCUAAUCAAUUUGAAAGCACCUCCAGCUGUGCGUGCGUGUGUUUUAAAGCUGGUGGCAAAAAAAUCCACCGAAAUACAAAAAUCAGAAUUCCUGCACUUUGGGUGUUGACGGCUCCAAUGGAGGAUCACUUUCAGUUUGCACAGAGACGCUGGCUGCAGACGGACUCGCCUCCAGAGAGCGACUAUAAGAUGUGAGACACUGGGGGGGGUGGAGGCUCUACGCAGUGUCACCUCACUGUUUGUUGUAACAUCAUGCGUGUUAUGGAUGCGUACGGGUCCACGCUUAGCGAGGAACACGUGUGCUCUUAGUUGGGUAAGAUGGUUCACAAGCUUUGUGUCUGCUAUAAACGUCCGUUCUUUACAGACGUUUCACGUUUUGGAAGCUCUCCUGUGGAGUUGUUGUUGUUUUUUUUGUUUAUUUAAUGCUGGUGGCUGUUUACUUGAAGGAAUCUGGUGUUACAAUAUCACAUUUUUUUAUCCUGUUCCCUGCAGAUCAAGUUCACUUGUGACUGAUUAUUAAUUAAUCAGUGUCCUCGAGUAGAUGAUGUCCAGUGACUCAGUUGUACUUAAAUGGACGGAUGAAAUAUUCAGAAAUGUUUUUCUGUUUGUUUGGAUGAAAUGAAGCAGGUUUUCCUUUUUUAUACGUUGUCAUUAUGUACUUUUGGUUUGAAUUUAAUAUUUAGCAUGGAUCCAAAAGAUGUAAAUAGAUGUCCUAAAACUUUUAUGGGUUCACUGCCUAAAUACUAAAAAUAGGCUGCAAAAAAUAUGAAUGUAAUAUUUAAAAAUGUAUAUUUUGCAUAAUGAUCAAGCCGUGCAAAGGAUUUAUUGUACAUUUUGCUGCGUUUAUUAAACUGUUUUAUUGUGAAAGGGUGGGACUGUACGAAUGAGAACAAUGAAUGUGAGAAAUAAAUAAAGAGGUAAUAUUUAAGUCAUUAAA